CUUUGCUGUAAAGCGGUAUAGAGUGGAUCAUGUGACUAGAAAAACAUGACACACCGAUCAGGAAGCAGAGGUUAGGCCGAGCAGACUGUCAAGACAGAACUCAUUAAGGUCUUGGGGAGACUCCCAAUGUGUCAACGAUGGCCUACCAGUACGGAAAAGUGAAGGACCCAAAUGUGCUUACUCAGACGAUAAUCUCCAACAUCCAAAAGAUAGCACAACAAACAUCUGAAAUACAGAGUAUUGUGGAUAAGUUGGGAACACCACAAGACACAACUGAGCUCAGACAGCAACUGCAGCAGAAACAGCAGAAUGUCAACCACCUUGCCAAAGAAACUGACCGAAGUGUGAAGCAAUUUGGCUCUUUACCUGUCACAACUGAACAGCGCCAGAGAAAGAUCCAGAAAGACCGAUUUAUCAAUGACUUCUCCAAUGCACUGGCCAAUUUCCAAAAGACACAGAGGCAGGCUGCUCAGAAAGAGAAGGCGUUUGUUGCCAGAGUCCGUGCCGAGUCCAGAGUGUCGGGUGGCUAUCCUGAUGACAGCUUUGGAGGAAAUGGAAACGUCUUUGAAAGUGGGGGGCAGGCCCAGGUCCAGUCACAGUCCCAGGAGGUGGCCAUCACUGAAGAGGACCUGCAGCUCAUCCAGGAGAGAGAGACUUCCAUCAGACAGCUAGAGUCUGAUAUUACAGAUAUAAAUGAAAUAUUUAAGGACUUGGGAAUGAUGGUCCAUGAGCAAGGUGAUGUGAUCGACAGUAUAGAGGCCAAUGUCGAAACUGCUGACCUUCAUGUUCAGAAUGCCACCCAGCAGUUAGCACAGGCUGCAGACUAUCAGCGCAAAUCUAGAAAGAAGAUCUGCAUUCUCAUUGUAGUUCUGGCAGUUCUUGCUGUUGUCGUUGGUUUAAUCAUCUGGGCAUCAGUCAAAGGAUGAUGAUGCUUUUCACAUACUCUUUGGUCCUGGAAUUUUAAUGAUUAUUUAGGACUAAGUUUGAGUUACAAAUCUCAUAGCCAUAAUACUAUAGUAAGAAGAAUACACACAGAAUUUACCUGAAAUAGGCUUGUGUGAUACAGUACCUGCUCAUUAUUAUGGACUGUAGCCUAGUCUAUGCACCAGAGGCCAAGAAUUGUGCAAUGCUAAGUAAUAUCUUGCAUCACUUUUGCUGUCAAGUUCCACAGUGCUGUCUUAUUCUUCACUUCAAGCCUUUAUUUUCUAUGAAGCAAUUUAUGCAUUUUUAUUUAAUCUCACAAAGAUUCUCACUGUAUAAAUAAAUAUGUACAGUGCCUUCA